GUAGCGGGUGGUUUCCAAAGCUGGUCGCAGGAAUAAAGCGUGUUCUUUGUCGCACGAGUGGCGUGGCGCGUUUAAGCCGGUAGUUGAGGCGCUGAGGGAAGCUGUAGUGGGAGUGUUCGAGGAUUCGCUUUGGUAAACCUUAUUCCCUGUUCCUUGUUCUCGGUUCCCUGUCCCGGAGUCGCAUUUCAUGAUUUCUCCCCCUUUUCGCUCCUUCUUAGUUACCCUCCUCCCCUUAGUCCUUCAAAGAACCAUUGACCCCGGAGCGGCCCUUGUGCGACCUCGGGUAGGACGAGCUCGGCUGUGCCGAGUGUGGCCCCUGGACUCGGUCGGCAGAGUCCAAGAGUCCCCUAAAGAGCUUCUAAAAUAAGAUGAUGCCCAGUCUGACCCUCCCAGACCAGCUGAAACAGAAUCUCUGGGAAUGGGACCAAGUACGUUUAAAGUUGAAGUUUGCUGCUCAAAAUGGCAGACCCAGAUGUCCUCACUGAGGUUCCUGCAGCACUGAAGAGGUUAGCCAAAUAUGUGAUCCGGGGGUUUUAUGGCAUUGAGCAUGCUUUGGCCUUGGACAUCUUGAUCCGGAACCCUUGUGUGAAAGAAGAGGAUAUGCUGGAGCUGCUCAAGUUUGAUCGGAAGCAACUUCGAUCAGUUUUGAAUAAUUUAAAGGGAGACAAGUUCAUCAAAUGCAGAAUGAGGGUAGAGACUGCUGCAGAUGGGAAAACCACUCGCCAUAACUACUACUUUAUCAAUUAUCGUACUCUUGUUAAUGUGGUAAAAUAUAAAUUGGACCACAUGAGAAGGAGGAUUGAAACUGAUGAAAGAGAUUCCACCAACCGGGCUUCCUUCAAAUGUCCUGUCUGUAGUAGUACUUUUACAGACUUAGAAGCUAAUCAGCUCUUUGAUCCCAUGACAGGAACUUUCCACUGUACUUUUUGCCGUACAGAGGUAGAAGAAGAUGAAUCAGCAAUGCCCAAAAAAGAUGCACGCACACUUUUGGCAAGGUUUAAUGAACAAAUUGAGCCCAUUUAUGCUUUGCUUCGGGAGACAGAGGAUGUGAACUUGGCCUAUGAAAUACUUGAGCCAGAACCCACAGAAAUACCAGCUCUGAAACAGAGCAAGGACCGUGCAGCAACUACUGCUGGAACUGCUGGCCUGGCAGGUGGGCACCACCGGGAAGCAUGGGCUGCCAAAGGUCCCUCCUAUGAGGAUUUGUAUACUCAGAAUGUUGUCAUUAACAUGGAUGACCAAGAAGAUCUUCAUCGAGCCUCACUGGAGGGGAAAUCUGCCAAAGAGAGACCCAUUUGGUUGAGAGAGAGCACUGUCCAAGGAGCAUAUAGUUCUGAAGAGAUGAAGGAAGGUGGCAUAGAUAUAGAUGCAUUUCAAGACCGUGAAGAAGGCCGCGCAGGGCUGGAUGAUAAUGAAGAGGUUAUGCGAGCACUGCUCAUUCAUGAGAAGAAAACUCCCUCUGCCAUGGCAGGCUCAGUGGGGGCAGCUGCUCCUGUGACCACUGCUAAUGGCAGCGACUCAGAGAGCGAGACCAGUGAGUCAGACGAUGACUCCCCACCCCGUCCAGCAGCUGUGGGCGUACAUCAUCGGGAAGAGGAUGAGGAAGACGAUGAGUUUGAGGAAGUAGCAGAUGACCCCAUUGUCAUGGUGGCUGGUCGUCCGUUCUCCUACAGUGAAGUGAGCCAGCGACCAGAGCUGGUGGCACAGAUGACACCAGAGGAGAAGGAAGCAUACAUAGCAAUGGGACAACGGAUGUUUGAGGACCUCUUUGAGUGAGCUUUCCCUGCCUUUUCCUCCUUUCGCUGAUGCUCAUUUCAAAAAGAAAUUGCCUACCCUUGAAGGAAAGUAUUUAAGUGGCUUUCUGCCUCUUUUGAUGUAAACCGACUGUUAAUCUUGCACAAAAAAUAAUGGGAGACAAAGUUUGAUUUUUAUGCCAGAAACUUCCCAACAAGGUAGGUUGGCUACAAGCAUUCCCUUCCCUGCUAUUAUUACAGUAUUAAUAUUUUAGUGUGUUUUCUUAUCUAAUCUCUUUCCUUUUCAAGGCAUUGUUGCCCUUCUGAAAUAAGUGAAGGAAGUCUAUAUUCUUUCUGUCGGCCCUCAGAAGCCCACUAUGAUAGGUACAAUAAUUCACUGAUCACAUUUUUAAAAAUCUGUUCUGACCAAGCAUUCUAAACAUUUCCUUAUAUUGCUGCCAACCAAAGCAGCUUGCCAACAGCAAAUCACUGAUGAGGGAAAAAACAAUCUUAAAACUUCAUACUGCCUCACAAUUGAGAAUAGAGUCAGUAAGUAAUGGGAUGAGGGAGAGUAUGCAGAAGGGGGAUGGAUAGACCUAAAUCUCAUGAUUAAUAUCUAAACCAAAAUGUGUGUCUUUAGAACUGACCUGACUGAUAGAUUCUAUUGUUUUGCUUACUGCUUUUCAGUUUGUGUGUUGGAUGAUAAAAACAGAGAGUGUGCUUGGUAAACCCUUUGAAGAAAUUAGAAAAAAACAUGAACUUGGAACAGAGAGUCCACGUAAAGGGUUGGAGUGGAAAGCAUUGGGAACAGUGCCUUUCAGAAUUGCCUGAGCUUGCGCUGAUUUGGAAAUCUUUUAUAGAAAGAUGAGACUGGUCCCUUUCUUUUUCCAUUCUAAUACAGUGCUUUAAAUUGUUUAAUGAGGCCAUUCCAGCAGUAAUUAGCACAUAGCAAUGGAUUUCUCCUCUCUUUUCUCUCUCAACAUCAUUGAAAGCUUUCUUUGUCUCUUUUGAUUGUUGUCAGACAUGGUUUUUUAGAGUAUAUCCAGUAUACUGUUGAGCAUUGUAACCUCAAGGAACGUAGUUUAUUUUUGGUUCUGGUAUGUAGCAUGGUAUUAGUCCCUAAGGCAGAGCUUUAAAAGUAAGGAACUUUCAUGUAAGAAUCUAUAUCAAUUGUAUUUUUUGUAAUGCUUUCCUUUGCAUUGUAAUUUUUAAGUAUUUAUCAUUUUAUAGUACAUGCGUGAAGUUAAGAUAGCUUUUAGAGUAUCUGAGCCUUAUGUGAAGUGAUGUUUCAUUUACCUGGGUUAUAUAAAUGACUGAAUAUUGACAGCUCUAUUUUAUACUGACUGAAAUGUGUUAAUUUCCAGCUCUGUAACACCUUGGAGCAUAAUUAAAAUGAAUACUCUUCUCAUUAAAAAAGUUUCAGACUUUUUUCUCUUAUUAGUCCUAUUUUAAAUAAUAGAUGCAAUUGUAUGUGGACCAAACUUUUUCUGACAAUAAGUUGCUUUAAGAAUGAGUUUUAUGUAUAUACCUGGUACACAUGGGCUGUUCAGCUUUUAAACAUUGUUUUUUAAACUUUCGUAGUUCUAGAACGAAGUUCAUUUAAAGAAAAUAGUGAUCAGAUGUUAAGUUUUAAAACUUAGUUUUGGGUAAAACUAUCAGCUCUUUAUUUCAAUGAAUAAAUGUUCUCACUUUUUUCUUGAAUCUAACUUGCAUAUUGUACUUCCUAAAACUAGCAUUCUUUUUUUCUUUCCCAUUAUCUGCCAACUUCUUAAAGGAUCAUAGACUAUUUACAUCUUUAUCUCCAUCUUGCAGUCUGGAUUUUGCCCUAUUCCUACACUGAAACAGCUUCCUCCAGUCCUAACUGACCAGCCUAACAGCCCUUUAUUCCUCAAUUUCUUUAGCUGCUCUUCAGUAUUUGAUACUAUCAACCCAUUCUCUCUCUUUGAAAUGUUUUCAUUUAGUACCUUAGCCAUUACAAUGUCCUUGUUCCCUUGUUCUCCUUACUUCAUUGUCUGUUCCUUCUCAGUCUUCAGACUAUACUUUUCCCCCUGCUGUACGUAUAAGCAUACCUCAAGGCCUAGUUCUUUUUUCCCUUCUUUGUGUGUGUAUGUCUGCAUGUACAUGUGUAUGAGUUUAUAUUAUGGAAAAACUUCAAAAGUGAAGACAAAAGUAUAAGUAAGUGUAUUCAUUGCAACAGUGUUUGAAAUUGAAUAGAUAGAUGCAUAGAUAUACUAAAUAUGGACUAAUCAGGGAUGAAAUUAUUUUCCUAAGAAACCAUGUAGCUAUUACAAAGAAUGUACUGAUAGGAAAAAAUAUUUGUAGUGUGUUAAGUAUAGAAGGAUUCCAUUUUUCUACAUGUGUGUACAUGUAAAGAAAAAAGCUAAUAAAUGUAUCUAGGUACCAACUUUUUAA